AUGACUAAAAAAGCCUCUGUGUAUAGACUAAAAGUCACUACUGCUUGCCAAAACUGUCAGCGUCGAAAAAUAAAAUGUUCAGGCGAAAUCCCUUGUACUUAUUGUGUUAAGUUGGAACGUGAGUGUCAACCCGGGAAACCUGGAAAAAAGCGUGGUCCACCCCCCGGGCAGGAAAUUAUAAGAAGUCGAACUAGUAGGUUGGAAAGCAUCAUUAGUGAUGCUGUUAAGGAUCCAAAGAAAAGGGAAGCAUUAAUGAGCGUUGAGGGUAUAGAACCUGAGGUUAGACAGGGAAUUGAUCUAUUAAGAUAUAGAGAUGAAAAAGAACUUCAAGUUGUCGAGUCUCUUACCAGACUAAGACAUGUACCGACCUCGGAAGGUGGUCCUCAAGCACAAACCCCAAUUAUAAAGGACUUAUUAAAUGGUGUCGGUCAACAACAUUCAAAAGUGGAUAGAUGGUAUGACCAAUCUAAUGUUAGAAACGGUCAAACUCAGUCUACAGAUAAAUUGGAGUUGAUGGAAAAUAAUUCCCAAUUUUUACGUAAACCAAAACCCGUUUAUCCGGUCCAUAUGAAAGAACGUCAGUUUGCUCAUGCUGAAUCUAUUAAUAAUUCAAAUGAACCUAUUACUUACCGAAAUAAUUUACCUGCCUCGUCAUCGGGUUUGGUAUCGUCUUUAUCAUAUCCUGCAUCUCCAUCCCUCGCUCCAUCUUCGUUAGUAUCAUCCCCAAAACAUUCUCCAUCAUUAAAAUUAUUGCCUCCAUUAUCAAAGUCAAUAGCUGCAUCCUCAACACAUUCAUCAUUACCAACACUACCUUCAUUAUCUUCUUCAAUGCCUUCAUUAUCAAUGUCAUCUUCAUCAUCAUCAUCAUUGUCAUCAUUAACUAAUUCAUCAAUUGGUCAAUCUCAGUUUUGGCGAAAACCAAAUAUAACAAAUUCUUCACAUUCAUAUUUAACUUCUAAUAAUGGUUCAACAUUUUUAAAUGGUCAGAAUAAUCAGAAUCAUCAGAAUCAUUCUCAUUUACAUCAUACAGCCUGGAAUUAUCCAUAUCCAAAACCUUUUAAUAAUGGUUUUGAUUCAUUAUGUUCGGAUAAAAAACGCAUUCAUCAAAAUUCAUCAACUUUAAAUAAGGGUCCGACUCUUCCAGAUUUAUCUAGUUUAAAUAAGGGUCAUUUUACAAGUUCUCCAAAUAAGGAUGUUAAAAAUUCUCAAAAUGGUCCAAUACGUUAUAUUCUUCCGCCAUUACAACCACCACAACCACCACAACCACCUCAUUUACCACAACCAAAUGUAUUACCUCCGUUAGAGCCGGUAAGCGAUCCACGUUUUAUACCACCACCGCCUCAAGAUAAUCGAAAAUCAUUGGAAUGGCCGCAACAAAUGCCUCCAAUAUCUCAUAAUUUUACUUGUAACGAUUCCCGAAUUAUACCUAAAAUUGAUAACGGAGUUGUUGGUUUGCUUCCAAUUACUAAUCAUGUGACAAAUAAUGUCUAUGGGUCAUCGAUAACAACUCCUACUAGUUGUUGUGAUUCUGAAAAAGAGAAAAAUAAAUCAGUAACUUCAGGAAGUAAAGCGGGUUCCCAAGAAAAUAAGAUAACUCCACGUUUCGUUCCAAUUAAAGCAUAUCCACCUGAAUCUGGUAAAAAACAUACGGCUUAUGGUACACGAGGUCGAAGUACUUCAAGUGCAAAAACUCGUCAUUCAACUGAUGGCAGUGGUGCAGUAACUUAUCAAGCAUUGAAUCGUCGUUCUGUUCACACUAAUAAGAGUACACAUGUUCGUGGCGUACAUCAAAUGCCAUGUCAACAUGUUAAACAUGCUAGUAAUACGGUUGAUCAACAAAAUUCAUUCAGUUAUUCUCAUAAUUAUGAUGUAAUGGGCAACAGUUCAAUAAUGACUGGCAGUAAAUAUGAAAUAAACAAAUCGUUUACAUCUAAUAUCCAAUUUAAGGGUAAUUUUCACAAUGGUGUAAUGCAACGAGGUCACUUCAUGGAACGAGCUGGUGAUGAGCCUAGCAAUGUUAUUUCAAAAGUUGGAUCUAUCGACGAUUCGCGUAUAAUAGAUUCGUCGACAAUUAACAGAGGAAAAGCUUCCGAUCUAAUUAAUAAAGUUGUUGACACUGCUUCUCCCAAUGUUGAUCCAUUAAUUUUAACAGAUACACGUAAUGUUGAAAUUAAAUCUGUUACGUUGGAUGGGACUGAACGGCAACCCUCAAAUAGUUCAUUAGUUAUUUCUUUAGUUUCAUCGACCGGAAAAUCUGAAUCUGAUAAAUAUCAAGAGCACGAACAAUCUUCCAGACCAUUAACACCACCAAGAUGUGAUAACGAAAGCUCAUUAACACAAAAGAAUCAGAUUGGAUCAUUGAAUCCGUCAAAUGCCGAAUCAGUUUUAACACCUCCUACCGUUCAAGAUGAUUUGUCAGUAAUAGAUGUUGAAGACAGUCCUUCCUCAAUAUCUGCAAAGAAUAACUUGAGAAAAUCAAAGUCAAAAUUAAAGAAGGAUAAAAUGGGAGCGGUUACGUUGACAGAUUCAGAGGAUUCUUAUAAUUCUGAACGUAAUAAACGUAGCAAACAUGAGAAUUCAGUUAAAAAUGUUCCUGAAUAUGAUACUGAUGAUACAUAUGAUGAUGACGACGAAGAGUAUAGGCCGAAACGAUUAAGACCAAUUAAUCAUCGUAAGAGAGCUAGUGCAGUUCCAAGACGAAUUACACGAAGAACAAAACCACCUGCACCUAAAGACCCUAGUAAAAAAUGGGUUAGACGUAAAGAAUAG